AUGUCUAAAAGAAAGGCGCAAUUUUAUAAUGAUAUGGACUUAGAAAUUGAAUAGCCACAAUAUAAUUUUAAUUUACUUAACAAUCAUUCAUCUAUUUAAGAUAAGAAGUAAAUAUUAUAUUAAUAAAGAAUACGAAAAGGCAAACUUCAUGUGAAUUCCAAAAUUAAUAAUUAGAUUAGUUCAAAUCCAUCAUUAAAAUGUUAAUUAGAAACAAAAGCUAAUUAACAUAAUAAAACAUCAUAAUUGAAUAGAAAAUAAAUUUUAACUUCUAAGAAAGAAAAAUAUAAUAAUUUAGAAUAAUUACCUCAUUUUCUUAGUGUUCUUAAAAAAAGCUUUAAUAAACCAGAUUUUGAUAAUAGAUAACAAUCUAUUGAGUUAAAAAAUAACUUACAAAAGUAGAUAUUUCUCCCAUUAUUUUCUAUAAAAGAAAUUGAAGAAUACAUAUUAUAUUAAGUAAAUAUUUGAUUUAUUAUAAGUCUAAACUUAAAUCUGUCAAAAUAAAUGAUUCACUUUAUUUAAAAGAAAAUUUGGAAUUGAUUGUAUUUAAAUUCGAAAAGUAGCACAAAAUUAAAAUUGAGUACAAUAUUCAAUAAAGAUAGACCAGGCUUAAUUGAAGGUUUAAUAUUAAAUGAUAAAAUUCUGAAGAAUCAAAAUUAAAUUUAUUUAGAGUGCUAUUCAAAUCAAAAAAUAUACUAAAUUUAAAUAGAAUUUGAAGAUAAGCUGGAUUAUGAAUAAUUUCAAUUAUUUUGA